AUGGAAGAAAAAAAAGCGUAUGAAGAAACUUCAGACAGUCCUCUUAGAUGGAACCCACCAAUGCCAUCAGGUUUUAAAGAAUAUGAAGAAUUGGUUGAUGCAGAUGUUAUCAAAGGAACAGCUUUCAGUAAACAAUGGUUAUUUACUGUUCUUAUGAAGCUUAUUCAGGAAGUUGAUAAGCAGAAUGAGUCAAAAAAUACAGAAAAUGAAUUUGGAGUUGAUGUUGAUGAAGACCUUCAAGAUGAAUUAUGCAAUCUUUGGGACAUGUCAAUGAAUUCUGAUGUUGUAGUUUUCAUGAGAGAAUUCAAGUCAGUUGAGUUGCUUUCAGCUGUAAUAGCCAAUUCCAGAGCCCCUCGUGUCACAGAAAUAUGUGUUGGUAUUUUGGGAAAUCUUGCCUGCAAUGAAACUGUAUGCAGGGAGAUGUCUGCUGACCAAAAUUUUAUUCACAUGGUACUAUUGUUAUUACAAAACCCUGAUGGAUUAUGUUUGGUACAAACAUUCAGAUUGCUCUAUUCUUGUCUUGGUUAUGAGGCUGGCCAGUCUGCUUGGAUCAGUGCCAUUAAGCAGCAAGAGAAUGAAAUUCUAGAACAAAUUAAAUUUAUUAUGACCAGUUCUACAAAUGUUGAAUUGCUAAAAAAUACUGGAGAAUUGGUAAACAUUUUGAUGGAUCUUGAUGAUGUUCUGUGUAGACGUUGGAGUGAAGCUUCUUUACUUACUUCCAUGUUUGAGGCUAUCAAAGAAAUUGGAUAUGAACCUUGCCCUGCACUGGAAAUUUACAUACAUAAUUUCCAAUUAAUGUCUUGCACUGAAAAAGGUGCUGAAGCUUUAGAUUCCAUGUCAGUUCAACUUCAAAAACUGUUGAUGAAAUAUCUAAUCUACUUGUGUGAUGAACCAAUCGUUGCUGUUGAUAUCAAGGCCAAAUACUUAGCUGCUGUCCUCUCUCUCAUCAGUUUGAUAUUUUUACAAAACUCUAAAUUUGACAUCAAUGCUUUUUAUAAAGGUGAUAUGCUACCUAAAUGUCUGCUGAAGAUUCUGGAAGCUUUAUUUCCUUAUAUAUUUCAUGCUGUAAAGAUACUGACCCCUAAUAAGGUCCCAAACCGAAGACAUUCAGUAUCGGUGAUUGAAGACCUGGCUACUUUUAAAAAGUAUAGAUGGGAUAAAGACGUUUCUGAAUGUGAAGAAGCUUUGGUUAUUUUGUACAGUUCACUGCAGGCAGCUGUUGCCAACUUUCUUUGGCUAAUCCCGGAGACUGCUGUCGAAGAUUCCGUUUGGAGCCAGAUUCUCCAUUACUUGGACACAGAAUGUGCAGAAUUACAUCUCCAUUAUUUGGUGAUGAUUAUCCAAGAUUUGAGUCAUGAAGUCAAGAGUCCAGUUGAAUAUUUGAAGGUAGUCAGUGACAGUAACGGUCUAUAUAGACUCCAUCACAUUGUAGUGGAUAGUAUCAGUCAUCAAAUGAAUAAGGAACCAACUUCAAGACACCAGACUAAAAGCUCUGUCACAUGA